CAGAAAACCAAAACAGCUCAGGAAGCACCUUUCGAGUCAACCAGGCGUCACGACUUGUUUGUCGCGAGGAGAGUUUCCAGGCCUCGCGAGUUGACGCAUCAUCUGCUCCAAAGGACGGCCUGCACGGUUCUGGCUGCACUGCCGCCAAGCACGCCACUGCCGCCUUAGCUUGGACUGCAAGCUUGACCUCGGGAGCUGUCCUUGUUGUUCCACGAAAGCUCUGGCCACCCAUACUGACAAUGAAGGACGGAGGCCAUGGCCCGGCCGGGGAUGCCGGCGCCGGUCAUCAUGAUCACGGAGCAGGUGCCGGUCAUCACCACCAUCACCAUGAUUACAACGGCGGGUAUCCCACCAACGUCGCGGGCGAGUCAACGCCGCUGCUCACAACCGUCAUGGUUCGCCGCCCCAUCCGUCGCUAUCCACACCAGACACUCCGCCGCUUCUGCUCAAUUGCCAUCAAUGCCUCCCUGCUCGCCCUCUUCCUCACCUUCUUCAUCACCGUUGUCACCAAUCCAUACGAGCGGCGCCACGAGUGGCCUGGAAGACACGGGCGAGGCCACGACUACGUGGCGGCUCACACAAACAGCAUCACGUACGACGAGCUCGAACGUCUGCUGCUUGAUACGCCAAGCGGCGAGAAAGCCUCGGAAUGGAGCAAGUACUACACCUCGGGCCCGCAUCUGGCAGGCAAGAACCUUUCGCAGGCCGAAUGGACCCGGGACCGCUGGAAUGAGUGGGGAGUCGCCUCGACCAUUGUGGCGUAUGACACAUACAUCAACUAUCCUCUCAGCCAUCGGCUCGCGCUCCUCAACAAGUCAGGCACGAAGAACGGCGACGGCACCCAAUCCUGGCGUGUGGCUUUCGAGGCUACCCUCAAGGAGGAUGUGCUCGAAGAGGAUCCCACAAGCGGUCUCAAGGAUAGCAUCCCGACGUUUCAUGGAUACUCUGCCAGUGGCAAUGUCACGGGCUCGUUCGUCUAUGUCAACUACGGCACCUACUGGGAUUUUGAGGAUCUCAUCCGCGCCAACAUCAGCCUCACCGGCAAGAUUGCGGUCGCGCGCUACGGUGGCAUCUUCAGGGGCCUCAAGGUUAAGAGGGCGCAGGAGCUGGGCAUGGUCGGCUGCGUCAUCUACUCGGACCCCGGCGACGACGGUGAGAUGACCGAGGUCAAUGGAUACAAAGCAUACCCCGAUGGACCGGCCAGGAAUCCUAGCAGCGUCCAGCGCGGCAGUGUACAGUUCCUCAGUGUAGCACCAGGUGACCCGACCACGCCUGGUUAUCCUUCCAAGCCUGGUGUUCCUCGCCAGCCUGUCGAUGGAGCAAUCCCCAGCAUUCCUUCGCUGCCGUUGUCUUACGCAGAGGCAAUUCCGAUCCUCAAGGCGCUCAACGGUCACGGCCCCUCCGCCAAGGAUCUCGGUCAAUACUGGGAGAGAGGCAUUGGUCUUGGCCACAAAGGUGUCAAGUACAACGUCGGACCUUCUCCGGACGAUGUCGUCAUCAACCUCGUCAACGAGCAGGAGUAUAUUACGACGCCUAUGUGGGACGUGAUUGGCAUCAUUAACGGUACAAUUCCGGACGAGGUUGUUGUCGUCGGUAACCAUCGCGACGCCUGGAUUGCUGGCGGCGCUGGCGAUCCGAACAGUGGUUCCGCCGUCAUCAAUGAGGCUAUUCGGAGCUUCGGCGAGGCUCUGAGUCAAGGCUGGAAGCCUCUCAGAACCAUCGUCUUCGCCAGUUGGGACGGUGAGGAGUACGGAUUGGUUGGAAGCACAGAAUGGGUGGAGGAAUAUCUUCCAUGGCUCAAGGAUGCCAACGUGGCGUAUAUCAAUGUCGACGUGGGAGCUGUCACCCCUGUAUUUGGUGCUUCUGCAGCGCCCCUUCUGCACAAGCUCAUUUACGAUGUCACUGCCCGUGUCCCCUCUCCCAACCAGACCGUCGCAGGCCAGACCGUCCGCGAUCUCUGGGACGGCCGUAUCAGCACAAUGGGCAGCGGCAGUGACUUCACGGCCUUCCAGGACCACGCCGGUAUCCCGUGCAUCAGCUUUGGCUUCGAGGGGCAAGCACCAAAUUCGCCGGUAUACCAUUACCACUCCAACUAUGACAGCUACCACUGGAUGACUGAAUAUGGCGACCGCGGCUUUGUCUACCACAAGGCCAUGGCGCAGAUCCUCGGUCUCACGAUCGCGAAGAUGUCCGAGACCCCGCUGCUCACUCUGAACGCGACGGAUUAUGCGACAGCACUCAAGCAGUACGUCGAGAAGGUUGAGAAGAAGGUAGACACGAAGCACACGACGACUCUCAGCACCGACGUCGAGAUAUUCGAGUUUAGGUCUCGCCUAACCAGGCCAGAGUCGACAGGAGACCCAGACAUGAUCAAGGUUGAGCUGGCCAAGCUGCAAAAGUCCAUUACAAAGUUCAGGCAUGCAGCCAUCAGCCUUGACGCUCAGUCCGCCAAGCUUGCAGAGGAGGCCAAUGAGCACAUCCCGUGGUGGAAGAUCAUUUCGAAGAUCCGGCUCGCUCGAGCCAUUCGCGCCACCAACAACAAAUACAAAAACAUAGAGCGUGCGUUCUUGUACAAGGAAGGCUUGGAUGGUCGUCCGUGGUUCAAGCAUGUUGUCUUCGCUCCGGGAAUCUGGACAGGUUAUGCUGGCGCUGUCUUCCCUGGACUCGACGAGAGCAUUGACAACAAAGACUUUGUCAACACGAUGAAGUGGGCCGACAUCAUCAACGAUUGUAUCAAGGCUGCCACCGAGACAAUCUCCUAAUGGAUUGUUGGUAAGCGCAGGGGAGCCUGGAUUGUAUGGUGUCAUGUAGGCGUUAUGACUCGUUUUGUAAUGCAGUGGUCAAACCAAUCAUCUUCUUUAGGAUAUCCAACAUUUGCCUCCAUCGUAUGUACAGCGUGAUUGAUACCUUGAAUUCGUUACCACAACGAGGAAAUGUGCUUGCUCCAGUUUCAGGUACCGGUGCCAGCAACA